AUGGCUCGUGGGUUUUUCUCUGCGCCGCCUCUCAACUACGAGACGCUUGCGCGGCGAUUGGCGAUUUUCCACAAGCGAAGGGCCACGCCCUCACUCCUUGCAGAUUACAUACGGGCCAAUCGCCAGCUCCAGCGGACCACUAAUCAAACUCGCCAUUUGUCCCCUGGUCAAAAUGAUCUCGGCUUGAAAGUUAAUGUUGCAAGCUCUACUUUAGAAAAGGAACUUUGGGCCGUCAUGCGACGGUACUGGUCCAUGUGUGUGGCCAGCGAUCUAGUUGUUCAGACCUAUGUCCUUUCAGCAGACAAUGCGGAUAUUGGCCCUGCGUUUUCGCUUGUGGCUGCAAAUCACAAACAGCACUCACAAGAUCUUCUGCCCGGUGUUAUGGCAUUGGUGGCUCUUCUUUUGCGCCGCAAUGACUACCACGGAUGUUUCAAGCUACUUGACAUCACUUUGAAUAGUGCAGAGCUGAAGGAAAAACGGCGUGGCCAGUGGCUCAGUACGCUCGGACUAGGAAUUGUUGGUGCGACUGGCGCUGGCGCCUUUGUUUCUACAUGUCUACCAUUAACACCAUGGUUAUUAUCGUUUGGUGUGGCCUCGGUUUGCGUCCUAGGGCCCUUUUUCGGUUUGCGUACAAUCGAGGCCGCUGCACAAGGCGCUCGAGUCGCCUGGAGACCCCGCACCGGUUUUUUUCAUCGCUGGAGCCAGCGCCAUGAAUGGCAGUUGGUCAAUCGCAUAAUCACUAGUUUUGAGGAACACCACGAAGUGAACGGACGAAACUUCCAUACCAGCGAAGUGCGACGUGCUCCUAGUCUAGCCAUGUUUGACCUGAACGAUUACGAGUUGCACUUGCCGCAAUCGCGUGCGCUAACUUUUCCGGGCGAAAAUUUUGUGGCAGACGAGCGAGCGGACGAAUUGGCACGGUAUUUUCGUGGCGAGCUUCAACGGCGACGCAUGGUGUGGAAUGUCUUGGAAGAGGAACGAAUGUUCAUUGAGUGCUGGCUGGCACAGGGUGAAAAUUAUUUUUGGGGAGAACCUGAUCAGGAUCCGGCCGAAAUGGUUCAAUUUCACUCUCGUGCGAAAUAUUAG